AUGCAGCAAAAUUCAACCAAUCAUGAAGAUGGUUAGCCAAAUAAUAUCAUUGAUAACUUGGAAUUCUAAUCUGUUCUUGACAUUUAAAAUCUAAAUGAUGAUCAAUUUGAAGAAGAAAUGCCAGAAUAAAAUAACCACAUUUAGGAGAGAAAUAAAGAAUAAUAAAGCAAUUCAAUCCCACCUCAUUAAGAAAUACACAGAAAUGGUGAUUAAAGGCAGUAACCAAUAUUGGAGGGUGAAUUUUACAAAGUUAGUCCUCAUUUUUUGGAAACGAAUUCUACAUAUUAUUGCACUUUAUCUUAAAGAAGAUUUACAUAUUACAACAUCAAAAAUAGGGAAAAACCAUUAGGAAUUUUGGACUUUGACUAUUAAAAAUACAUAUUCUAUGUGAAAUCAAAAGAUGACACUUACAUUCAGAGUUUCAUGUAUACAUUUAAAUAUAAAAGAUUAUAGCCAGAAGGCUGUGAGAAGAAAUUCGAAUUUAUAGUGCCUACUAGAACCAGGGAAUAAUCUAAAUAGUGGGUUUCAUUAAUUCAUUACUACCUCUAGUAAUCCAAUGGAUAUUUAAAUAAUAUUAUGAGCUUGUCAAAAUAUCAUAGGUUCUGGAGACAUGAAAGAAUUUUGGAUCCUCAAAUAUUAGCACAAGCUCAAACAGGUGAUUUGCUUAUCUUUCGCACCAGAGGAAAACUACAAAACUUAUAAAGAUCUAUCACCAGAAGCGAUUACGAUCACAUUGUUAUGUUUCUCAAAAACCCUUUGGAAGACCCAAUGCUCUUUGAGUCUAGCAAUUAAUAUGGAGUCAUCUCCUUUAGUUAUAAACGCUUUGUAAAAGCCAAGUCGUUCAAAAAUUAUGAAAAGAUUCUCUAUAAGCCGUUACUGAAUGUUUCUGAAAAUGAUCGUAUCCUCAUGUAUGCUUAUGCUGAAGCCCAAUUUGGAAAAGGUUACUCUUUGAGCAUGAUGAAAUUCUUUAAGAAAAGCACAAGGCAAAACUUUUUUUGCUCUGAAUUGAUUGCUUACAUCUAUUAGCUAAUGGGAUUUAUACCUGAAUCAGAAAAAUGUUGUUCCUUUUUACCAGGCAAUUUUACUGAUGAAGAUAAACGAAUGGAUUUACUUAAAUCUGCUUAGCUAGGACCUGAUUAUAUUGUGGAUUUUUAUUAUCUAUAAUGA